AUGAAAUGCUUCGGGUAUUGCCGAAACCAAGGAUUCUUGUGUGGCAAGAAGAAUUCGAUCGUCCAGGAUCUUCUGAAGCAGAAUGAAUUUAGUAUGCAGCAUAAAAUUUACAUACAUGGCAGCAGGCCGCUCGUAUACAAAUUCCCCGAAAUUAUAAACUUUCACUUCCUAAUGGCUUUAAUUCUCUCAUGGUCGAUAAUAACAUGCGACAUUGUCUUGAAGUCGCAACCAUUAUCAUCAUGUUUUAGUGUUUGA